AUGUUUCGUGUCUGGUCUGUGUGCGUCUCUUUAGUGUUGAUUUUAUGGGGAACGUCUGAGAAAGUCCAGGGAAAAGCAUCUAAACUGUGGCUGCAGCCGCUGAACGAGACGUUCCUGCAGACCGGUGUGUUUCCCAGUGGGUUUCUGUGGGGCGUUGGGACCGCGGCGUUCCCGACCGAAGGGUCCUGGGAUGCGGAUGGGAAAGGCGAGUCUGUUUGGGAUUGCUUUACUCGUCACACGGAUCCGUCCAGCAAUAGCUACAUCCAAUGGGAGGAGGAUCUGGAGUCAGUUCGGUAUCUAGGUGUGAACUUCUACGCUUUUUCUUUAUCCUGGACACGGAUUUUCCCGGACGGAAACGCGAAGGCACAUCCCAACCCGGCCGGAGUGCAGCAUUACCGCCGCUUGAUCGGGAAGCUGAAGGAGCUUCAGGUGGAGCCGGUCGUGACUCUGUUUCACUGGGAUUUUCCGCAGGUCCUGCAGGAGCGUUUUGGAGGCUGGCUCAACCGAACCACGGCGGAUGUUUUCGCAGAUUACGCCGCAUUUUGCUUCCAAACGUUUGGAGCCGAGGUCCGCUACUGGAUUACGAUGCAUAACCCGUUUCUCCUGGCCGUCCAGGGCUAUGGGACCGGCGCUCACGCUCCCGGAGUGACCGGAGACCCCGCUGACCCCUUCAUCGCCGCACACAACCUCCUCAGGGCUCAUGCGAAAGCGUGGCAUGUUUACGACAAACACUUCAGACCCCAUCAGCACGGUAAAGUCUCCAUCACGCUCGGCUCUCAUUGGGUGGAGCCUCUUCACGCCCAGGCCACGCCCACCAAUCUGGAGCUCUGUCAGAAGGCCAUGGAGGCUGUGAUUGGCUGGUUCGCCGAGCCCAUAUAUGGAAGUGGAGACUACCCCGAGUCGCUGAAGGCCUCGCACCGCGGCGUAAUCCCAGAAUUCAGUGUGCAGGAGCGGCUCUGGAUGAAGGGCACCGCAGACUUCUUCUCUCUGGCCUUCGGGCGGGAGACCCAGAGGGUGGGCCAAGGAUUGGCCCGAUUCGGGCAGACAGUGAAGCUGGAUCUGAGGAGCAUUCUGGUCUGGGUCCAGCAGACGUACGGUGAUCCGCAGGUGCUGGUGGCAGAGAGCGGAUGGUUCUCUGAUGCUUCUGUCGGAGUCGAGGACACUGUGGCCAUUUAUCUGAUGAAGAGGUUCAUCAUGCAAGUCAUGCAAGCCGUUUCUGUAGAUGCAGUGCGUGUGUUCGGAUACACGGCCUGGAGUCUGUUAGAUGGCUUCGAGUGGAAUCACGGUUACAGCAUGCGGACAGGUUUAUUCUACAUCGACUUCAGUAAACCUGAGCGCCACAGAGUCCCGAAGACCAGCGCUCACUUCUAUAGACGGCUGGUGAAAGACAACGGCUUCCCGGCUGAAAACACGCCACGCAUCGAGGGACGAUUCCCGUGUGACUUCCAGUUCGGUGUGUCCGAGUCAGUAUUACAGGUGCAUCUGCGUCCGUUCUCGCCUCAGUUCACCGAUCCGCAGCUAUACCGCUGGAACGUCUCGGGCGACGGCGUUCUCACACGCGUGACGGGAGUCCUGCUCCACAUGCAGCCGGCGCAGUGCACGGACUUCCUGUUCAUCCAGAAGCACCUCCUCCUGCUGGGGGUCACGGGUUCGUCACACUACCGCUUCGCUCUGGACUGGACGCAGCUUGCGCCCGGCGGAGACCCAGAGAAGGUUCGGUUCUACCGGUGUGUGUUGAUGGAGCUCCAGCGCAGAGGAAUCCGGCCGGUUGUGACACUGUAUCACCCCAGCUACCGCUCGCCCUCACUGGGUUUGCCUGAACCUCUGCACGCUAAUGGCGGAUGGAGAAACGCUAGCACUGUGGAGGUGUUCGUCAGCUAUGCCAUGUUUUGCUAUCGUGAAUUUGGGGCCUUGGUGUCGACGUGGAUCACCAUUAACGAGCCAAACCGGUUAAAUGAGGCGUAUGCCGAGGAAUGGCAAACAGUGGUACGUCACUUGCUAUUGGCGCACGCGAAGGCCUGGCACAUUUACGAUGCGCAGUUUCGACGGAAACAGGGCGGGGCUGUUAGUUUGGCUCUCCAUGCGGAUUGGGUUGAACCGGCCAAUCCAUUUUUAGAAUCUCACAAAUCCGCCCAGCAACAGUUUUUGGAAUUCGAACUGGGUCGUUUUCUCGACCCUCUGAUUGGUGGAGGGAACGAGGGGCGUGGCAACACCUCCGAUGAUGAGAGGGCGGAGCUUAAAGGGGCGCUGGAUUUCAUCGCUCUUAAUCACUUCACGACGUGUUUGGUGUUGCCAUGGAAACAGCCGACGCUGCUGAACCAGGAGCACGGCUGCGCUCUGAUGAAGGAUGCCACCUGGAAGGUGUCGCACCGGGGACAGGCGCUCGUGCCCUGGGGCCUACGCAGGAUGCUGGGAUGGGUGAGAAAUCGCUAUGACGACCGCCUCCCUAUCAUCGUCACGGCAACAGGGGUGGACGAUCAAGCAGUUCAUGAUGACCAGUUGAGACAGAGCUAUAUCAGGAGCUACCUGCAGGAGGCGCUGAAAGCUCAUGAGUUGGACGCCGUCAAUCUGAGAGGGUUUUAUAUCUGGAAUCUUCAGGACCAGCAUGAUCUCCAGUUCGGUCUCUUCAGCUCCGCCGCUCAUCACUCUCGACCCAAAGCGUCAGUCAGCGUGUACCGGGACAUCAUCAGCCACCGCGGCUUUCCGUCCGCCGCUGACCUGCGACCUUUAACCUGCCGGGGCGUGGACAACGGGACGAGGUGCGAGCUCUGCACACGGAUCGCAGAGAACAAGCCGCUGCUGUUCUUCAGUGUGUGUGUGUCUGUCAGCGCAUCCAUGCUCGGCUCACUCGUCAUCAUCUCUGUGGUGAAGAAGAAGAGGAAGAGGAGGAGGAGGAGAACGCAGAUUAACGUCAGAGUCCAGCAGAGGUUCCCUUUGAUGAGGGUGGCUCAAGGAACGGGACUCCUGCGCCAUUAA